AUGAGUAAGCGUAGAGCUGGUAACGAACUAACUAGAGACAAUUGGGAUUAUGAAGAAGAAAAAGUAGAACCAGGAAUUUUCCAAUUAGCAGAUCAUUCUAUAUUAAAAAAUAGAGUUGUGAAAAAAGCAAAAAGAAUGUUACAAAGAGAUGAAACUGGUGAAAUAAAGCCAAUAUUUUCUGGAUUUGCAGGAUUUAAUAGUAUAGUCAGUAAUUCAAACUCAAAACAAGCAUUUUCUUUUCUAACAAAAAACCAUAAUGAAACACCUAGCGAAAGCGGAAACCAUCCAUCAGCAUCCACCAUUAAUUCAUUAACAACAUCAAGUAGUUUACAAACUUCAGAUAAUAACUGUUCAAAAAGUUCAGGUCCAACAAUUAUUGAUUCUAUUAAAGUGAUGAAACUUAAUGAAGCAUUUGUUAAGUUUAUUACUAAUGCUGUUCAGAAAAAUCCAUAUUGUGUAUUAACUCCUACAUUAAAAGACUACGAAAAACAAAUUAGCAAAUUUGUCUCUCUUAGUAAUUGUAAGACAAAUAUUACUGAUUCUCUAAUGGCUUCUUCUAAAGGUUAGUAAUUCAUAUAUAAAUGUAUAAAUGAAAAUUAUUUGUAUGACAUUUUUUAAAGUCGUUAAAGACUACUGCCGUCCUAAGAAAAACCACUAUAAAUCGAAAAAAAAAGAUUAUACUAAAAAAAAUAUGCGAAACUAUAAUAUUAAAUAUAAUACAACAUAAUCUCAUUUUUUUUUUCUUGGAACAGCAGUGUACUUGAGACUACUUUUAUUAGAUAGCUACAUUUAAUAAAUAAAUAUCAGUUUUUGAUUUUUAAAUAGUAACCCUAGGAGAGAAUAUAAUUCUGGAAAUUUUGAUACUAAUAUUUAUACCAUACAUCUAAUAUUGGACUAAAGUUUAUAUAAUAAUUAAUUUUAACAUUAAUUAUAGGUAAUUAUUUAAAACUUAAAAUUUUUAAAUAAUAAAAUAUUUAUAUUAUUAAAAUAUGUUAGUUUUAUGCUGACAUUGUAGUAAAAUCUAUUUUCAAGUUUAAAAUUAUAAUAGGUUAUAUCACUUUUAUUAAACAUGUACUUAUUUUGAUUUUAAGCGUUUCUAAUAAGUUUGUUUUAAUUUUGAUUAAAUUUAUUUCAUGAAAAUAUCUUGUGCAUAUCAGUUUUGAUAAAAAUUAGAUAGGUGUUCUAAAUUAAUUCUGGAUACUCUUAAAUAAUAAUAUUAAUAAUAUUUUCAAUUUUAAUUUAAAGUUGUCUAUUGCAUUUGUCCCCACAAAUACAAAAUUCCUCCCCAGGAAUUUCAAUUUCAUAACAUUAAAAAUAUUUUUUUAAUAAAGGCAUGGUAAAUUGUUCUUUUAACAAAUUGUUAUGGCUAAUAUUUGAAAUUGGAUAAUGUUCAAUGUCUGUUCAGUAAAUCCAAUAAUUUUAUGAUAUUAAUUUUAAUAGUAAAGUAAAUUGGCAUAUUAUCUAACUUAAAGGAUAUUGUAUUUGUUUUAAAUUAGUUUAUUUUCAAUAGUUUAAUUUUUAAGUAAGGGUAAACAUGUGAAAUAUUACAAUUUUAAAAUUUUUUUCAUUUUGAUUAAAAAUAAAAAUAUUGAUAAAAAAACUGAUGUACAAACACAGUCUUACUUUUAAAUAAUAGUAAUAACAAUUGCAUAAUAGGCCAAUUCAGUUUACUAUUAAAACUAACAGCAAGUUGGUUUUGCUGUAUGUAAAUUUGACAUACUAUUUUUAACAUUAACUGUACUAUAUAUACACGUACACAUACAUUGCAUAUAAUAUAUUUUGUAAUUAUUAUUAAUUUUGCGGUGAUUAUUAAUGUAUAAUAUUAAAUAUUUAAUUAUUUAUAAAUGUUUUGAUAUAAAUUAUUCUUUUAAUUUUAGAAUCUCCUCAAGUAUCUUCAUAUGAAAAUAUGGUGACGAACAUAAAGGAUUCUGAUGAAGUGAAAAAUAAUUCUGUCAAAGUUCAAAAAACUUCUUCUGAUUUUAUAAAGCCAAUUAGUAAUACAUCCAAUGGAUUACUAUUUAAUUUUAGUAAGGAUAGUCCAGUCUCUGAUAUAACUAAAUCAAAGAACAGUACUUUUGAACUAAAUAAGACAGAUGAAGAAAUUAAAAAAGAUAGUAAAACAGAAACUAAAGAAAAAAAUCCAGAAUCUGUAAUAGAAUCAAAAUUUUCUUCUACAGCAUCUAGUGGAUUUAAGUUGCCAGAUGUAAAAUUUAAUCAGCAAUCAUUUUCAACUACAUUAACUAAGAACUCUUCUGAUAAAUUUGCAUUUAAUGAUUCAAAAACAUCACCUUUAAAUAAAUUUCCAGAAUUUAAAUUAAACACAACACCCUCAUUUAAUUUUGGAGCUUCUGGGUCAUCAUUCUCAUUUAAUAAACCUCUGCCACAACAAACUGAUAGCAAACCAUUUUUUAGUUUUGGAUCAAUUCCUGACCAAAGUAAAAUCAGUGAAACUGAAAAGCUAAAAAAUGAAGAAGAUGAUGAGGAUCAACCUCCUGUUGUAAAUUUUACACCUGUAAAAGAAAACGAUGCAAUUUUUGAAUCUAAAAGUAAAUUAUACUGCUUAAAAAAUGGUAAAUAUGAAGAACACGGAAUUGGUCAAUUAUAUAUAAAACCAGUUGAUAACAAAAAAGUACAAUUAAUAAUGAGGAAUGAUAGCGCUUUAGGAACCAUUAUGGUAAAUACAUUACUCAAUGACACUGUUAAUUUUACUAAACGCAAUCCAAAAAAUGUUCAAUUAAUAUGUGUUCUUGAUCCUACUAAAUGUGUUAAACCUCAAACAGUUUUAUUUAAAUUUAAAGAUUCACAAAUCACUGAUGCAUUUGAAAGUGAAUUAGCUAAAUUAAAAAAGUAG